CCACCACCAUCACCGACGCACUUGCUACCAAAUUCAUGGCCGCCACCGCUGAAUUUCCGUUUGCUUCUCCAUUCCCGACUGGUUUUGGUUUCCGUCCCACGGAGGAGGAGCUCAUCACCUACUACCUAAAGAACAAGAAUGUUGGCAAGGAGUAUCUUGUUAGAUUUAUCAAGGAGAUUGAUCUGUACAAGUUCGAUCCCGAGCAACUCCCAGACAAAUCGUAUUUCCCUUCUUCAAAUUUUGAGUGGUUUUUCUUCCGGGCCAACACCGCCAACAAUAAAAGAACCACGGCUACUGGCGGCUGGAGAUCCACCGGUGAUCCCCGCCGAAUCAAGGCUCGAGAAACCAACGAAGUGAUCGCAACUUGUCACAUUUAUGUGUUCCAUCGAGGCAAGGGAGGCAAUGCUAUAAAGACCAAUUGGGUGAUACACGAGUAUAAGCUUCACACACUUACAGACAUCACUUCCCAGCCAUUCAUCAUUUUUCGAUUGAAGAAAAAUGCAGAAGAGAGACGUGUUUCAAUACGUGAUCAAGAAGAUGGACAGAACAGUACCGUUGCUUCUCACCGGACUAAGAAAGUCAAACGGGGAGGAGAAAUCCGGGAGAUGAACAGAGACGAACAAUCGAUCUGUAAGCCCCUAGGGAGUUGUACCCAACAACCUGUGAAUGCCUAUGAUGAUAAUGGUGAAGUAAAUAUGCAACCAAUACAGCUUGGAGAUGGAGAUUCUGCAUAUGGAAAUAUGACGGAGUUUAUUAACAAGACAGUAAUUUGGGAUGAUAUCUUCAAUUAUGAAGUAACCCCAAAUAUGUGCGGGUCCCUACGACGUUCCGAACCACAACCAGGUUUAAUGUAUACCCAACAAUCUGAGAGUCAACUUGAUUCCUUGAGGAAUUUCGUCCACGAUGAUAAAAACUGGGACGAGAUGACAUCAAACAAUCAAGAAUGGGAAGGCAUGUAUUAUCAAUUUCAAGGUGGAUUUAGUAGCCAGACUAACUCCAAUACGGCCUUUGGCUUGCCGUAUAAUCACACUAUGAAAAGGUUGGAAAGAGCCCCCCUCCCUCCAAGGCUUUUGCGGCUCAGUGAUGUAAAACAUAUGGAAAUUGGCAAUUCACCGCAGCUAUCAGGGACAGAUUCUAAUAAUGAGCUGAAAAGUGAAGCGGGCAACAAAGCAACCAAGGGGGCAACCCCUCAACAUUGCUUUUCUUCAAAAAAUCGGUUCUCCUAUAUCCUAACUACCAAACGCAUUCACCACAACUCCACUCUCCCCCCACUGGUUUAUGUUGCUAAAGCGUUGCUAGGCGUCGUGGUGCUUGUAAUGUUUGCCCAAGAUGUGCUGCUAUACCGAUACAGGCGCUGAAGAACAACCUUGUGUUAAGCUGUUUCAUAUCAUGUAUCUCUCUUCUGUCUAACACAAGGCAGCCUUGUAUAACAAUAAUGGUAAUACUGGGAGUUGGCCAUUAUGCCGGUGCCCAUCUUUGAACUUCAUUUCUCAAGAAGCUUUGUGCCCAAAAACUUGGGGCCAUGACCACAAAAACAAGUACCAAUGCAUCUGAGCUCACUCUGUGAUCAAUUCUGAA